AACAUAGUGAGACUUUUGAAACAUUGAAAUGCGGGGGAAACGCGGAUUUCAGACAGCUAAAGCGAUCCAGCGUUACAUCAAGGUUUUUUGGCCCACAGAAGACGAUGGAAAGCUGCCUCACCAAGACACCAGACGCCGGAUCAUCUAUAUUUACAAUCGCAGACGCAAGACAUGUGUUCAGGUUUUGAAUAUAAUGUCUCCAGUAUGGAUAUGUUUGACGAUUGUUACCAUGGAAACGAACUCACAGACCAACAUGUAUGUCAAAACAGGUUUUGAACAUGAUGUCUCCAGCAAGGAUAUGUUUGAUGAUGGUUACCAUGGGAACGAACUCACAGACCUAUGUCAAAAAUGUCAUUUUCUGAUAGAAUAGGCAUAAUGCUAUCCAUUUUACUUAAUUUUAGAAUUUUUAAUUAUUCUGAUGUCAGCCAUACACUUCCGGGUUCUCUACAGGUUUUAAAUAUGAUGUCUCCAGCAAGGAUAUCUUUGAUGAUGGUUACCAUGGGAACGAUCUCACAGACCUAUGUCAAAAAUGUCAUUUUUUGAUAGAAUAGGCAUACUGCUAUCCAUUUCAUUCAAUUUUAGAAUUUUUUAAUUAUUCUCA